AUGAAGGCCUCAGCUGUUCUCUCGACUCUUUACCCUGCGAUUGUGGCUGCCAUGGCAGCUACAUGCGAAAAGGAUGCAGGACCAUGCAUCAUGGCCAACGAUUGCUGUAAAGGCUAUACUUGCAAGACGAUACCUGGAUCAGGCUCGAGAUGCGUUGCCGACCAGAUGUGCGUUGCAACAGGAAUGCUCUGCCAUGUCCAGACCGCGAAGUGCUGUGGCGAUUUUGCAUGUACUAGAAUUCUUGGCCAGGUCGGAGUUUGCAUGAAACCCGUCGACAUCAAGCCAACUCUACCCUAA